ACUCUAUAAUUUACCUCGCAUGUUUUCUUUUUACUUUAGAAUUAUAAAUUUAGUUUUAAAAAUUCAAGUGUAUGGCUAUUUAUAAGGAAUAAACAUAAAUAUUGCGAAAAUUACCGAUAAGAGUCCGAAAUUCGUUUUAAAGUUUAUAGAAAUUUUGGGGGAAUUUAUGUUGACUUUGGCAACAUUGAAAGUUGUACAGUACUCGUCCCACCAUUUUAAAUUGUUGGCGGAAGGUCACCGAACAGUUGCGAGUUCCCCAGGAAGGUUCCUUAAAUUACACAGGUACAGUGAACUCGCCUCCGUCAACCACACCGGACGAGACAAAAAUUUUCAUCGGAAUUGACGAAAACCCCGGAUAAGACUGUUUAAUACCAGGACAAGACUAUUUCUCGGCUUAGACAAGACUACGGUCUAGACAAAUACCAGAAUGGACGACAUUCUUUUAGCAAGGCUUAGGCUCAUUAAUGACAAACUCACAACAGACUUAGAAGUAAUUCCGGUUACUGUUAAUUUAGAAAAUUUAGUGCAAGCUCAGAUUACCUACGGUAAAUUAGAAGCAUCACUGAAAAGACUUAACGGAGAUCUGACGGAGUACUUUAGGCUGGCUUCGACACCCGCAUCGGAUGAAAUCUACUUGAUAAGUGGACUUCAACUUCAAGCAGAAGAGACUUUAGCGGAACUUAAGGUGAAGAUCGACCAAAUAUCUACAUCAAGCAAACCAUCAGAGAAGCUGACUGAAGCGAACUCCUCGUGCAGACUUCCUAAGCUUCAGCUGCCGGUGUAUAAUGGGGAUGUACUGGCGUGGUAUGAAUUUUGGGAUGCCUUCAGAAGCAACAUCGAUGCAAGGAACCUGCCGGAAGUGGACAAGCUUUCAUAUCUUAAGACUUCAGUCAAGGGAGAUGCCAAAAAAGCCAUUGACGGUCUAGCGACUACUAGCACCAACUAUGCUAUUGCGGUUUCAAUACUGAAAGAAAGGUUCGGGAAAACUUCACAUCUCAUAGAUGCGCAUUAUGCCACAUUAUAUAAAAUUAAGAUGGCCAAAGGCAAUGCGGAUGAUUGCAGAAGGACUUUCAACGAGAUUGAAAGGAACCUUAAGAUUUUAGAAUCACUAGGUGAGAACAUUAAUCAUAAUCACCUGCGCUUCAUGCUACUAGAGAAGUUUCCUUCUGAUCUAGUAUAUGAGAUAAAACUUAAAGUUAAGGAUGAUUCCAUUCAAGAACUGAGAAGCCAAAUGGACAAAAUAAUCACUGCCAAGGAGGAUGCGGAGAGGAUAUCGAGUAGGAAACGCCCUCUGGACUCAGAAGCUAGUACGGUCGGGAUUCUUCAUGUGAAUGCGAAACGCGCGAGAUACGCAAGUCAGUCCCAACUACAUCACAGUAAACAGAGUAAACAAAACCAGCAGAGAGACUUCGAUAAGCGACCUGUACAGAAGAAGUUUAAGGGUUUCAAGAAAAAUAGCAAUAGAGGCAACAGACCAAACCAAGCUUCAACUUCAAGCAAGGAUCAGACAGAAACUCAGCGAAGUCCUCAAGAGGUCAGGAAGGGAUUGGAUUGUAUAUUUUGCAAAGGGGGCCAUUAUAACGAUAGCUGCCCUGAAGCAUCUACUUUAGCCGAAAGGAAGAAACGACUUGAAGGACGAUGCUUCAUCUGUUUCAAGCGGAAUCACUUGGCAAAAGACUGUAAGAAAGGAUACAACGGAGAAGAAACAAUCCUGACUGUUCUAGAAGAGGGAAUCACUGCACUCCAAACGGCAACAGUUUAUGCAAGCCCCCUAGAUAAUAAGAACAAACUAUUUAAAUAUAGACUUCUCUUAGAUCCAGGUUCCCAACGCUCUUAUGUAACAUUCCGGACUGCAAAGGAACUAAAGCUUCCCGUCGAAGAAGAGAGUCAUCUAGUAGUAUUCACCUUCGGCGACGAUCCUCCCAGAGAGAUACAUAGCCCAAUAGUCACUCUUCAUCUACUAUCUAGAACAAACAAGAACAUAGUAAUACAGGCUAACUGCGUAGAGCAUAUCUCCAGAGGUUAUAUACCUAAUGUCAAGAUGAAGAACUUACCGGAGUCAUAUACACUAGCGGACGACGGGUCGCUGAGCGGACCUGUACAGAUCUUGGUUGGAAACGAAUAUUACUGCAACAUAACUUACGAGAAAAGGGUACAACUGGAUAGCAAUUUGUUUCUAAUCGACUCUGCACUUGGUUGGAUAAUUAGUGGUAGAGCAGAACCACAGCUUAGAGACGAGUCGUACGUAGUGACUUACACUCAGACUUGCAUUGAAACGAAGCUUCAUCAGCCAGAUCCACCUCUUUGUAAUGGAGACAUAAAGAGCCUUUGGGAACUAGAAUGCAUAGGUAUUAGUGAUUCCCCAAGAGCAACUAGAGAAGAAGAAGCCAUCAAAUAUUUUAAUGAUACAACUUUAAAAUUAAAUAAUCGAUACACGGUAAGCUGGCCUUGGAUAACUUAUCCACCGGAUUUACCUAAUAAUUUUGGAAUGGUUUUUGGUCGUUUAUCAAGCUUAUUGAAGCGUAUGGAUCAAGAUACGUUGGUAGCAUACAGCGAUACGUUUAAACAACAAUUAGAUAAGGGUAUAAUAGAAGUUGUACCCUCUUCAAGAACAUCAACAGGUAACGUCAUUCACUACCUACCUUUCCAUGGAGUACGUCAUCGAGGAAAACCUAUGAGAAUAGUUUAUGAUGCUAGCUCUAAGAGUAUCAAGGACACCAAGAGUCUGAACGAAUGUUUGUACAGAGGACCACUCAUGCUAGAAGACCUCACGGGCUUACUUAUAAAAUUUAGAACUCAUAGGAUAGGUUUAACCUCGGAUAUUGAAAAGGCGUUUUUACAGAUGGCAUUACACGAGAAGGAUCGUGAUGUAACCAGAUUCUUGUGGCUCAAAGAUACCUCUAAACCUGUAUCUCAAGACAACCUACUAUACCUUAGGUUUUGUAGAGUUCCAUUUGGCGUCAUUUCAUCACCGUUUUUGCUUAAUGCGACUAUUAAGCACCACCUGUCCAACGCAGAAGAUCAGCAAGUCAGACAGAAAGCAAACGACAUAUAUGUGGAUAACUUUGUUUCGGGUACUGACACUACAGAUGAGGCGAUGAAACUCUACAGAAAUCUAAAGGGAUCUUUUCAAGAUAUUUCAAUGUCACUCAGGGAUUGGAGUUCAAAUUCUAAAGAAUUUAUGAAGAAAGUCUCUGAUACAUGUAAAGAAGAUAAAGUAAAGGUACUUGGCUUAGAAUGGGACAUAAAAAAGGAUACUCUUCAGUUGAAACCUAACUUACAAGAAGAAGCUGUCACAAAGAGAGGAAUACUGAAGACUAUCGCAUCAAUCUACGAUCCAUGUGGUUAUGCAGUACCCUAUACCCUAUCAUCUAAACUAUUUUUAAAAGAGCUUUGGAAAGCUGGAGUGUCAUGGGACUCACCAUUAUCGAGCGAACUAACGGAAGAAUGGAACAAGAUCCGACAGAAUUUAGAAGCCAUUAGGAAGGUGUCGGUGGACAGAUGCUACAUGAAGACACCAGUGGGAAAAGGCUACCAACUACACUGUUUCACCGAUGCCUCUCUACAGGCUUAUGCAGCAUCAGUCUUUUUAGUUUACGGCUCGGAGAAAAGCUUCAUUAUUGGUAAAUCUCGUCUGAUACCAAUAAAGGACCAGGAGAGUCUCAAGAUACCUCGUCUUGAACUUUUAGGAGUACUGAUUGGCAGUAGAUUGAUAAAAUUCGUUCUUAAGUUUCUCCAGCAGAAGAUAGUAAGACAAGUCUUAUGGACUGACAGCCAGAUCGUCAUAGAAUGGUGCAAAUCUGACAAGCUAUUGCCACCCUUCGUUGCCAGGCGGAUAGAAGAGAUCAAAACAAAUAAAGAUCUGGAGAUCAGAUACCUUCCAACAGAGCUAAAUCCAGCUGACGUCGGCACCAGACCCACCUGCUCGAGAGAGGACAGGGAGAAAUGGCUGAGUGGUCCACAAUUUAUAGUUCAAGAUCCGAAGACGUGGCCAACAACUUCAGGCGGUGGACCAACCAGUUCUCUCUUGAUUGGGGAGGGUCUUGGGAUCCAAGAAGACGAAGAACUGAUGGAAAUAGUUGAUCCGGAUAUACACAACGUUAGUCCGAUGGAAACGGAGGACAGUAUAACUGAAAGGGAAGUAGCGAGUCAUGACAAUGAUCAAAUGCCAGAUAAGUUACUAAAAUUGAAAGAAAUUCAAGCUGAAUACUUUCCUCUAGAGGUAGAAGGAAAGGUAACUAGUUUAAGUUUGAAUUUAGGCAUAUUUAAAGACAUAGAUGAGUUACUAAGGUGUAAAGGUCGUAUGAAACACGCAGACUGGACAUUCGAUAAACGCUACCCUAUACUUAUACCAAAAGAUUCAGAUUUCACCAACGAAAUUAUAAUGAAGACUCAUCAAGAAAAUAAGCAUGUUGGAGUAAGUCACACGUUAGACAAGAUAAGGGAAACUUACUGGAUACCACAAGGAAGAAGCCAAGUUCAAAAGAUUUUGAAGAAGUGCUCCGAAUGUAUGAAGCAUGACGGAGGGCCAUAUAAACUACCAGAAACUCCUGCGUUACCGAAAGAGAGGGUCAAUUAUAGCUCACCAUUCACAUACGUUGGUACCGACUAUCUGGGACCACUUCUAGUCAACAAUGGGAAUGGCAAUUGUAAAAGGUGGAUUAGCCUCUACACAUGCUUAGCCGUAAGAGCCAUUCACUUAGAAGUUGUAAAGGACCUAACUGCGGAAGAAGGUUUAAUGGCCUUACGUAGAAUGAUUUCAGCAAGAGGUGUACCUACCUUAAUAACGUCUGAUAAUGCGGCUCACUACAAGUUACUCUCAGAGAUUCUUCAGAACCCAUACUGCGUAGAGAAAGAGAUAAGAUGGAAAUUUAUACCACAGUUAGCACCAUGGCAUGGAGGAUUCUAUGAGAGAUUAGUUGGUUUGGUUAAAAACUGUAUGAAGAAAACAUUACAGAAACAUUUGUUGAAUGACACUCAGCUAGUAACAGCGGUGAAAGAAAUAGAAGCAGUUCUUAACACAAGACCCUUAACUUACGUAGAUUCAGAGCCGGAUCAUGUACUAAAACCUUCAGACUUUCUUACUAUGGGAAAGUGUAUCAUUAUGGAAACUUCAGAUAAGGAUCCUACGACGUCGCAAGGGACGGUGACUAAGGACAAUUUAAUUAAAGGUUGGAAGAAAGCACGGAUAAUUCUACGAGAAUUUAAAGAGAUGUUUGAGAACAGGUAUCUCCUAAAUUUGAGAGAAAGAUAUUCCCACCAUCCUAAAGAACCUAGAGUAACAUCAAAGUUAGCACCUCAGAUAGGUCAAAUCGUGCAGAUUAAAGGUGACACGAAGAACAGGAUAAAUUGGAAAGUUGGGAAAAUAGUAUCUUUAAAGGAAGGCGCCGACGGUUUAUGUAGGGUCGCCACGAGAUCGAAGAUGGAGAAGAACAGUGUAAACAAACAUCAUCUUAUGAAGAAAGUGUAG